UCCAGCUCAAAUGAAAAACUCUGGCAGUCUGGUGAACUUCCCGUGAGUGACAGGAUCUUCUCGGACUGGGUGGACUGACAGUUUGACGGACAGAUCGUGGUCGUGGGAUUCAUUACACGUCUGCAGCUAUGGGAACCUUGCAGCUAUGUUAGAUAACACACUAUCCACUCAUUUAUUUUCUAUUUUUACUGUAACGUUUCUGAGUCUUGCGCGAUGGAGCCUGGAGCGAGACGAGCCGAUGGGAUCCUCCAUGCGCUUUGGAGAUCGAGGAUGUGUGUGUGAAAUCAGACAGACUGUGGUCAGUCAUGGAGCCUGAGCUGAACUGCAGCUCCCAGUGUGAUUCCCCGCUCUGCUUCAUCCACUCAGGAGUCAACAGGCAGGAGGGCAUCGACAUCCUGCAGAGACUAUGCGGUCUCGGCACGAAGGCAGCGGAGCUCCCAAGGCGGUCUCUCUCCCCGGUGUUGAGUGCUGUGGUGUGGACGCUGCUCUCCUGUGGCAUCCUGCUGUCUUUCUGCUUCCUCCUCUUCACCCUGCGCUUCAAAAACAACAGGAUAGUGAAGAUGUCCAGUCCCAACCUGAAUAUCCUGACUCUCUUUGGAAGUGUCCUCACCUACAGCAGCGGCUUCCUAUUCGCCGUCAAUGAACGAACACACUUACAAGGAGGAGCAUCCACGGCAGUGCUACAGGCUCGGAUGUGGACUCUCUGUGUCGGCAGUACCCUGGUGUUUGGCCCAAUUUUGGGGAAGACGUGGAGACUGUACAGAGUGUUCACCCAGCGAGUGCCUGACAAGAGAGUGAUCAUCCGAGACAUCCAGCUGAUGGGGUUGGUGGCUCUGUUGAUCCUGGUGGACAUGCUGAUUCUCACCGCCUGGAACCUGACGGACCCCGUCAGGUGUUCGCGAUCUGUCGGCGCCGUCGUCAAGGUGGCUGAGAGAGACAUUUCCUUCUCUUUGUCUCAGCUGGACGCCUGUUCCUCUCUAUACUCGGAUCUGUGGAUUAUCAUCAUUGCUGUUCAGAAGGGCUGUCUUCUCCUCUAUGGGACGUAUCUAGCUGGGCUGACCAGCAAUGUCAGCCACCCUCCAGUCAACCAGUCUCCCACCAUCAUAACAGUCGUCACUUUGGUCACCCUCUCCUCGGCCGUGGCCAUUCCCGUGUCCACCUUCCUGCAGGGCUGGCCCAACCUGGUUUACAGCACUGUGGCCGGAGCCAUUUUCAUCUGCACACUGGCUACCAACUGCAUGCUGUUUGUUCCUCAGCUGACCCAAUGGAGGCAGUUUGAAGAGGAUCAGAACAACCCAAGUCAGAUGGCCAAGUAUUUCAGCAGCCCCAGUAAGAGCCAGCCCUCGGUGUACAGCCAGGAUGAGAUCUUCUACCUGCUGGGAGAGAAUAACUCCAUGAAAAAACUCCUCACUGAGAAGAACGCUGUGAUCGACAGUCUGCAGGAGCAGGUGAGCAAUGCCAAAGAUAAACUCCUGCGACUCAUGUCAGCCAGCCGGCCCCCGGAGGACCAGGACUUGGACUCCUCCAACACCAAUCUCAACUCCUCCUCCACUCAGACCACAGAGCUUCAGUCUGACGGACCCUCUUCUUCUUCUUCUUCUCUACCUCAGAGAGACACUAAAUCCCAGCUCUCACCGUCACAUCCCGCCCCUCACCCAGCUGCUGCUGCUGUUUCAUCAUCUGCUGUUACACCAUCCUCUGAGCCCCCCUCUGCCCCAAACUCCACAACCCCUUUUGCUGCUUCCUCCCCUCUCCCAGAGGAUAUUUAUGAGGGUGAAAACCAGAGAUGUGUCCGUGCUGGUGGUCCUACAGGCAGAGACACAGCUCAGUCCAGAACAGGGGAGGAUCUUACCCAGCCUUUGCCGCUCCACCCCCCUGGUUUACUCAGGACAGCAGAAGAGACAGUGCAAUUUGUCACUUCCUUACAGUCCCGUAGAGGAUUAAACCCCUCUCAAGUUGAAACAUUCAACAACCAGAGAGGCCUUUCAUCUAAUCUGGGAGCAAAUGCCAGACCGACUGGUUUUGUUAGCAGCGAGCAGUUGCAGGAGAUCCUACAAGAGCUGAGUGUGGACGCAGUCAUGGAAAUCACGCUUCGAUCUCCUGGCCAGACGUCCACAAACUCAGCUAAAACAUCACAGAUAAAAUAUCCCGAAGCGUCCGCACUUUCCCCUCUCUCUCUGCGGACGCCGCACUCUCCUCAUCCACCCGCUCUCUUCCGCUACCCCAGCAUCUCCCCGCAUGCGAUGAGGAAACGGCGGCCGCCCUUUAACUCCUCCAGAAGAGGUUUGGCGUGCUUCUACACGGGUUCAGAGGCCGCUGGUCGUGGGAGGAUAAGGGACAAGAGUGACCACCGAAAUCCAGGCAGGCACAAUGAUGGGGUUACUGUGGAUGGUAUCCUCCAUCAGGUUCACAACACUGACCUUGAGCUGGAGGAGGAGGAGGAAGAGGAGGAGGAGGAUGUAGAAAGGAAUGAAGUGAUAAGAAAAUGCCGGAGGUGUGUUCCAAGGUCCCGUAGAUGUUCAGUCUUGCCCUGUGCAGAACGCAAUCACACAGCUCCACCGGAUGUGGAAGCUGGUGGUGAUAAUGAGCAACACCAUAGACACAUUAGAGACUCCUGUGGAUCCUGGGACUCUGACUCCAGCAGCUCAACAGACUACUGUUACUACCACCGCCCCUACUGUGACUCCUGCCUGCAGCGAGGCUCUCUGCUAUCCUCAGACAGCUCCUCCGACUCCUCUGACAGCGAGUAUGAAGCCUACACCAGCCUGUACCGCUCCCCGCACCCCGUGGUAUUCAAAGAAGACAUCAAACCUACCUUUGUAUGAGCACAGAUUUACUGCACUUUACACGUCCAUGCAUUCCUACUUGUAUGUCCUGAGAAACAUUGGAGGGGGAAUUAUUUCACUGUAGCUUUUCAGUAGGAAUGUGUUCUUGCUCUGUGGGACAAACUGGUUCUGUUACUCAUGAGACUUGAAAACUUUUGUAGCUCGAAAGCACAACACUUGUUUCCUUUUUUGAUAUUACUUACUGGCAUUAUUUGUAUGUUUCUGCAGUCAGAUGGAAACUUUACAUUCCAAAUAUUUAAAUCUGACUGAGUUUAGAGUAACAAAUAAAAGCUUUUAGAGUUGAAACGUGCACUGCAUUGUGCACAUGCUGUAUUUAUUUUAUUAUUUAUUAGUGGAUGUUUUGUUGUACAGAAAUACCUUCUGUCUUCUUUUAACUGUUUUAUAUUGUCAAAUGCAUUCUUUAAAAACGUGUAUGUCUGCAUUUUGCUAUCACUUUUAUUACAUUACAUAUUUCUCUCAGUAUUAUUGUCCUGACUCAUGUGUAAAGGUCGUAGUUAUAUGGAGUGUGUGUCUCGUGGGUGUGAGAGACUGCCCUUUGAUUUUCAAACCCUGACCUGCUUUCCACAGUACUUCAAACUUUAACCUUCUUUUCCUGUUUUAUACUGUACAGAGGAUUAUGGCUCGCCUUAGCAGACAGAAAGUUUAUAAACCACUAGCCUGAUGUAGACCUGGAUUAAACUGUUAGAAGGCUACGGGGCAGAAAUGAGCCCAUAUUAAGACCCCACACUCACAAUCUCACAACCCAUUUUGCACAGAGUCUAAUAAAACCAACCGUUUUUUUUCCUAUGCUUAAACACCCUCCAGCAGGUUUGUUAUGAUUUUUCUAAUCUAAUUUUAAUAUUGCUGAAAUAUUAAAAGUGGAUUUUGACACUUCAGCCUCAAGUUUGAGUAAAAAAUGCAGAAGCCGCCUAAUGUUCUUUCACUUUUUAAUCAUACUUUAGUGGCAGUAUAAUACCAUACGAAAUUUGUGAUUAAUUAAAUUACCACAAACACAAUCAGUGUGGAACCUUUGAACAGGGCAGGCAGUAAUCCAGCCUUGACUUCAUGUUAAAUACAGCACUAAAACUCACCUUCAUUCAGAUCAGAAUAUUUACCAGACUCUUCGUCAUGUGACUUCAAUCAUGACCAGAAUAGAUGAGCUUGUUGAGUAGAUACAGCUGAGUAGAUUUUCACUCUUUCCUGUCUCCCGCCUGCUAUCUCUUCUUAUUUUUUCUUCCGCUAAUAGGAAAAUGUGUGUUUGCCCGAGGAGGUUGUUGCUAUAUGAAGGGAAACCGGGUGUCUCGCAUUACUUCUGCUUUGCUGCCUGUUUUUGAGAUGCUGCCGCUCUCUAUUAUGCAUAUGGACCAUUGAAUGGCUGCCUGGGAGAGAUUCCCUUUGAUAUAGAGCAUAACGGAGUAUAAAUAAACCACACAAAAGACAAAAUACCGGCAUCGCCGCGCGGGAGGGAAUACUCUCCUGCCAAGCUAAGACGAGUGGCGUGCAUUCUCUUCGAGAUGAGAAAUCCUGACAUAUUGAACCAUUUUGGAAUAAAAAUCAACUGUUCAUCAA